AAAAAUAAAUACGUCAGAGAGUGAGAGUCAAGCAAUUUUAUUGUGCAUUUACUUUACUGAGAUUGAUGUGUGGCUGUAGGAUUUCUAUUAAGUCUACGCUCAUAAUAACAAUAAAAAAAGUAUUUGAACCGUACGCUACACUAUAAAUAAUAAUCAUGGGAGAAGAAGACGAGUAUGCCUGCGUAAACAAAUCCAAACUCAAAAUAAAGACUGACUCUGGUAUAAAAAAGAAAAAGAAGAAGAAGGCAAAUAAAGAUACUGACAAAAUUAUCGAAGAGGAGGUCAAAGAACAGAUAAAGCAGCAGGCCAACACAGACAAACGAACCAAAGCCGAAAUCGCCUUCCAAAAGAUGCAGGACAAAAUGAAAAAGCAGAGAAUACUACAAAAGGCAGAGAUGACUCACAAGCAACGAGUAGAAAAGUUCAAUCAACAUCUGGACAGUCUUACAGAGCACUUUGACAUACCUAAAGUAUCUUGGACAAAGUAAAAUUAUUCAGGUGUUCAA